AUGAGUAUUAAAUUAGAUCGCUACUCAAUGAUGAUAGUUUCGAAAUAUUUUAGAAGUAUAAUUGAUUAUAAAAACAUGAUGUUUAUAUGUAAAAAGUUCCAAGAAAUACCCGAUAUGUUUCACUUUAAUCCAAUUUCAGUUACAUUCAAAACACAAAAAUAUUUUCCAAAUGUCGAGACACUGCACCUUUAUAAUAAUGAAGACAAAUUUAUAACAAAAUAUCGUCAGUAUUAUAUACACUUUCAAUUUCCUCUUAACAAAUAUUUACAAAUAAACAACAAAGGACGGCGUGUUAUAUGUCCACAGAUAAUUUAUACCGAUACUUAUGAAUAUCACGCCUUAUCCUAUAAAAAAGCAACUAUUUUCUUGGACAAAACGUUUUAUUACUCAACCAAAUUUAGUGAAAUGGAUUGUUCAAAUAUUUUAAAAUUUGGCGUAUCAUGUUUUGAGUCUAUGUCUUCAUUGGUUGCAAUAACACUGUCAACUAAUUUGUAUGAAAUUUCAAACUACUGUUUUUGCAAUUGUAUAAAACUAAAAGAAAUUAAUUUGAAACACGUUAGAGUGUUUGGAGAGUUUUGUUUUUGUGGGUGUGACAGUUUGAGUGCAAUAACUUUGGGUACAAACAUCACAAAAAGUGCAAAUACGCCAUUUAAAAAUGUAACAUCAAUUCAAAAUGUUACAGCACCCGGAGUCAAAAAUGUCAAUUUCGAUAUCACGGCAUCCUCCUCAAAUGCAUUUUGUAAUAUCAAACAUAAAACAGUCACCACAGAAUACGACAAAAACAACAAUAUUUUGCCAGAUUUUUUAUCGGACGAAAUUGAAACUCUAGUGUUCAAAAACAGAAGAGGACUUUCCGAUAUAAAUCUUGCAAGCACUGUGACUGUUAUUGAAGAAAAUGCCUUAAGUGGUUGUGAUAUGAAACGACUUGAUUUGUCGCAUGUGAUGUUUUUUGGAAGUCAAUAUGACAUGACUUUUCUCACUGCAAUAACAUUAAACAAUAAUAUUCAAAUUAAUAAUUUAUAUGAUUAUACUGGACUGAAAAAAAUCGAUGCGAUCAACACUCAAAAUGUUGAUGUGAGAGCUGCGUGUUGGAUGAAAGAAAUGUUCGACGAGAAAAAUCUGGAAAUUGUCAAAUUUUGUUACACUCAAAAAGAUGUUGAAUUGUUCAAUGGAAUUAUUCCUUCAAAUUUUUAUAAACUUAAAAUAAUUUGCCGCAACGUGAAUUUUGAAAAUUAUAAUUUUAAUGAAAUUAAAAUUCCGGAGGGAAUCACAAUGAUGAACAUCAAUGCUUUUCAAAAUAAUAAAAAUUUAACAAAACUUGUUUUUCCAACUUGUUUUAAAGUGUUGAAAAACACGUGUUUUGUUCAUUCAAGUCUCAAAGAACUUUGUAUCGCGCCUGUCAAACAAUUUAAAAUAUCAAAUUGUUACGAACUUACGUCAGUCACUUUUUUAAACCAAAAAGUCACUAAAACUUUUAUGUUUGAAAAUUGUUUUAAUGUCAAAAACAUAGAAUUUCCAAAUAUGCCAUUUGAUUUUGUUUUUAAUGAAAAAAUUGAUUUUACUAUUUACAAGUUACUUAAAAACAAAUAUAAAUUUGAAGGCGAUGUUGUGUUAUUUUCUAUUGAUCCAAAUUGGAUUGAUUCAAAAGGAAUUUUGAUAAUACCAGAUGAAGUCAACUUGAUUGAAAAUUUGUAUUUUAAAUCUACAAAUUUGACGGAGAUUUGGAUGGGAAAAAAUCUGAACAAAAUUGAACUUUUCACUUUUUGCGAAUGUAAAAAUUUGAAAAUUGUCAAAAACAUGAGGAGAUCAAUCAAAUUUAGUCAAUAUAGUUUUAAAAGGGGAGAUAAAAAUAUCAUAAUUGAAUAUGUGGAUUAA